AGGACCGAAGUUGUAACAUCAGUCGUGUGUUGAUGCAGGCCCCCGGUAAUCGGAGAGUUCGGGUGAUGUGUUCCAACCCCGCAGCGGCCGCCGCCGUUUGAAGAGGUGCCCACGGACACCCACGACUCCCUCCUCCUCUUCCUCCGUGAGUUGCUUGUGCUCUUUCAGAUCUCUGCCUCGUCGUCUCUUCCGAUCCACUGGUUGUUGUUUAACAGGGAGACUUGUCCAGAUGGAGUUAAUUGUUAUAGCAAUGAUCCUGCUUUUGUUAGUGGGAGCUCUUUUUGUCAUCCCGAGAUCAAACAGGAAAGGUAAAGCUCGAGGAACACAUCCAAGUGUGACGACAAAGACGAUAAGAACUUACACGAAGGAGGAGGUUUCUCUUCAUAAUACAAGGACAGAUUGUUGGAUCAUAGUCAAAGACAAGGUAUAUAAUGUCACACCUUAUGUUGAAGAACAUCCUGGAGGAGAUGCUAUACUAAACAAUGCUGGAGGUGAUUCAACCAAGGGGUUUUAUGGGCCACAACAUGCCACUCGGGUCUUUGACAUGGUUGACGAGUUUUAUAUUGGAGAUUUGAAGAAUUGAAAAUGAAGCCAUUUGGCCUCUACAAAUUUGUCUGGAAAUCUGGACCAUGUCCUACAACUGGUACUUAGGUUGUUUUAUUUCCCAGAACUGUGGCAAUCUGUUGAAACCCAGUUUUGUGUUUCGAACAAUUUAGUGAUAUUCCAACUUUCCUUGCGAUUUACAAAAAGACAGUAUCUGCGAAAUUCUUGUAGACUUGAAUUUGAAUAUGCAACUUGAGAAAAUUGACCAUCA